AUGGCCAGCGCCUCAGAGGUGUUGCUGAAGGUGCGGAGCUCGCAUGUUUCUGGCGGCCCGGUCCUCCCAGGGCCCCAGCUGCAGUAUGGGGGUGUGUCCAGGGGGUGGAUCAGCUGGUUGUGGCUGCCUCCAGUGUUGCUGCAGCAAAUCUACGAGCUGCAGUCUGUAGGCUCUAAGCUGAGCACUGAGGAGCAGGAGGCAGCAGGGCAGCUUAUCAAGCCACAGCUGUCAACGCAUGAUGCAGAGGCGCCUGGGAAGCUGCUGGCGGCGAUGGUGGCAGCGCAGGAGGUCAUCAAUGCAGCAGCCUACAGAGCCCUCGGCCUCGACACCGUCAUGCUGGGUGAUUUGUACAGACCUGCCCUGGUGAAGGGCAGGCUGGUGCAGCUGGCGGACAGAAGAUUGGCGCACGAUGCCCACCAGAUGAUCCACCCCCUGGACACACCCCCCCCAUACUGCAGCUGGGGCCCUGGGAGGACCGUGCCGCCAGAAACAUGCGAGCUCCGCACCUUCAGCAACCCCUCCGAGGCGCUGGCCAACUCACCCCUGCUUGACCCUGCAGUGGUGGUGCUCACAGACACGGGCAGCAGAAGAGAAUACCGCGACGCUGCCGGCUAUGACUAG